AUGUGGAAUGAGAAGCAAAACAAUCCACAUUUCAAUGCCUAUAAUCUUGGAGGGAAGAAUCACAUGAACUUUUCUUAUGGAGCUAAUUCUUGUUUAACUCAAAAUAAAGCCAUUCCUCAAGAUCAACAGUCGGAAGAUCACCUUGCAGAUUCUUUUGAAGAUAGUCUUAUCUUAGCUAUCAAGGUGACUCAAGGAAAUUUUGAAGCAAUGAAGAUUAGCCAAGACCAAAUGAAAGCUAACCAAGACAUUGCUAACAAGAAUCAUGAAGCUUCAAUCAAGAACCUAGAAACUCAAAUGGGUCGAUUGUCAAGGCAAUUCGUGGCUACUCAAAAUAAUGGCUUUGAAGGUUCUACAAAAGAUAAUUCUGGUCAUGAAAGCUGCAAUGCGAUCAAUUUGAGAAGUAGAGUGGUUCCUUCACCUGAGAAAGGUCAAAGCUUAGAAGAGAAGGAUAACAACAAAGGGCAAAACACUUCAUUCCAUGCCAAGUUGCUGUAUCCGCGAAAGAAGAAGGCUAAGGAGAAAGAGCACCAACACUUCAAAAAUUUCAUGAAAAUGCUUCAUAGUCUCCAAGCGAAUAUUCCUUUUGCAGAGGCUUUGGAACAAAUGCCCAUAUAUGCGAAAUUUAUGAAGGAGCUUUUGACAAAGAAACGAAAACCUCUUGAUGAUGAGACGGUAGACAUGACCGAAGAGUGUAGUGCAAUAAUUCAAAAGAAGCUUCCACAAAAGAGGAAGGAUCCGGGAAGUUUCACCAUUCCAUGCUCUAUUGGAAACUUACAUGUUAGGAGAGCUUUAUGUGACUUGGGUGCAAGCAUCAAUUUGAUGCCCUUGUCUAUGAUGAAGCGCAUCCCGGGUGCCGUGGCUAAACCGACAAAGAUGCAAUUAUCUCUUGCCGACCGGUCAAUUACCUACCCACAUGGAAUUUUACAAGAUGUUUUGGUAAGAUGUGCUGAAUUUGUAUUCCCUGCUGAUUUCGUGAUUCUAGAUAUGGAGGAGGACGCUGAAGUUCCUCUCUUGUUGGGAAGACCAUUCUUAGCCAACGGAAGGGCUCUAAUUGACGUUGAGAUGGGUGACCUCAUGUUUCGUCUAGACAAUGAACAAGUAUGCUUCAAGGUGUUUGAAGCAACAAAGUUUUGUGGAGUGGUACCCGAAUGUUUCAAGGUGGAUGUGUUAGAGGAUGUGGCAAAGGAUGUGAGAGAAGAAGAAUGA